AUGCCUACAAAAAAAAUCGCUCCUUCGAAGCGUGCCAUUGGUGAGGACGGUCCUAUCCUUUCUCGUACCCGUUCGCGCACUCGAUCAAAGGAUCGCGCAGAUGCACCAAAGAAAACUUCUCGGCGCGACGUCCUCACAAUGAAGAGGAAGCUGGAGGAAAAGAAAGCCCCGUCUGAGCCACCCAGUCAGUCAUCCGACUCGGACUCCGUGCCCAAGAAGAAAACCGUCGAGAAGAGCGCCCGCAAGAUGGUCAAGAAGGCGGCAGAAAAGGUCAUGCCAAAGGAGAAGCCGGCAAAGGGAAGCGGAAAGAAGGUGUCAUCCCCGUCCUCGUCAUCGCAGUCUGAGGGUGAGCGCAGUGGAUCGGUGAAGGAAAGUAGUAGCUCAUCGAAAAGCUCCCGCAAAGACAAAGGAAAGAAAAAGGAAACUGUGAAACGAGGCCGUGCUAAGACUCCACGCUCUACCACCGCAGCUCCAUACAAGAGUCACCGCAAGGCUUCUCGCAGCGCAUCAACCGGACGUCCUAAGCGCACCGCCAAGAAGCGC